AUGUUUUCCUACCAGAAUCAAGCCGCGCUCGCCGGGCGUCUCCUGCCCAAGAAGGACGCCAUGAGCGAAGCGACCUUCGCGAAGCAGUUCCUGACCGCGCUCGACAGCCGGCCGAUCAAACUAUCGAGUGACCAUGUCGCAGACCCAAAGACGUACCCCGCAACGGGAGCUUACAUCCUCCCCAAAAUGCCGACCACCAAACGCAAACGCACCUCCCCCACCUCUGCCAGCUCCACCUCCACGCCCACCCUGACGAUCACCCUGCACAACCUGCGCAACGCAUCCCAGUCCCUGACUCUCCCGGACCAGAACCCCGCGACGACCUCCGCCCUCGAUCUCAAGACCGCAUUCGCGGCCCAGCACGGCGUCAGCGCUGACAAGCUCAAGCUGCUGUUCGCGAAGAAGCCGUGCGCAGACACCAAGACGGUGGCCGAGAUCCUGGGCACAGGGCUUGAGGAGGGGACGAAGGGAGUGGAGUUUGCGGUAAUGGUUAUGCCGGGUGCAGGUACGGGCGCGGCUUCAGCACCCUCGCCGGCGGUUUCGGUACCGGCGGCCGCUCCAGCUCCGGUGUCUGAAGAGCCCGUGGUAGCUUCGCCGCCUCUCGAGGCCCCGGCGCCGGAGGUGGAGAUGACGGACGCGGGGGAGCCGGCUGGGAGUGGUACGUCUGGGGUUGAAAGAAGCGGGGCAGAUGUGCUGCAGACGGAGGACUUUUGGUCUGAUCUUAAGGACUUCCUUGUGCAGAGGCUCAGAGACGAAGGAGAGGCGGUGAGGUUGGCCGGAUUGUUUAAGGGGGCUUGGGAGAGUAGCAAUGGGAGGCCGUAA